CAAGAUGGCGUCGUUUCUGACUCACCAGCAGAAAGUGCUGCGGCUCUACAAGCGAGCGCUGCGGCACCUGGAGUCCUGGUGCAUCUUCCGGAGCACCUAUAUUUAAAAGUAAAGGGCUGAGCAGGUCAAGUUUGCCGAUGAUUCCAUAUGAUUCAGGAUGGUGAAAACGCAAGCAGACUGCAAAGAACUCCAAAAGGAUGUCUCCAAACUGGGGAUAGGUAUCGAUACUUUGCCUGUCUGAUGAGAGCACGGUUUGAGGAGCAUAAGAAUGAAAAAGAUAUGGUGAAAGCAACCAAGUUGCUGAUGGCAGCUGAAGCAGAAUUUUGGGCAAACCAGCAUCCUCAGCCUUACAUUUUCCCUGAUUCUCCCGAGGGCACAUCCUAUGAGAGAAAUGACUGCUACAAGGUACCUGAAUGGGCCUUAGAUGCGUGGCAUCCUUCAGAGAAAGCAAUGUACCCGGACUACUUUGCCAAAAGAGAACAGUGGAAGAAGCUGCGGAUGGAAAGCUGGGACAAAGAGGUACAGCAGCUUCUGGAAGAAACCCCAGCAGAUGGCCCCAGGACUGAAGCCCUGCCUCCCGCUCGCAAGCCUGGACAUCUGCCUCCUCUGUGGUGGCAUUAUGUAACUAGACCACGUGAGAAUCCCAUGUAAAAGCUUCUUUCUGGUUAAAAAAAAAGAGAGCACUCUUCUGUAAAGAGUGUUAUGAUCUACCUGUUGAGAAUCGAUAUGUGUUACUGUACUAAAUGUACACAAUAAAGUCUGUUGAAUGUGAA